UCGAAUUAAUUUCGAUAAAACUUUAAGAAAUAGACUUUUUUUAAAAAAAGGAAAACGUGUGACAAUCAUUCUGCUCUAAUUAUUUAUUAUUAUUAUUAUUCUUAUUAUUUUAAAGUACUUUGUCCUGAAGUCAUUGUUGUGACUCAUAAGCUACCCUCCGGUUUUAUCCUCUCUACUUCGCACACACAUCUGAGCCUCUCAGUUCCUUCUGUCACCUUUCCAUGACUUGCUGUGGAGUAUGAUGUUGUUGUUUUUUGGUUUCUUCUUUGAAUAAAAUCGGACUUUAUUAAAAUGCUGCGGGUCAUUGUGGAGUCCGCAACUGGGAUCCCCAAAAAGAAACUUGGAAAUCCAGAUCCAGUAGCUGCCGUUGUCUUCAGAGGUGAAAAGAAGAAAACUAAAGUGGUCGACAAUGAACUGAAUCCCACCUGGAAUGAAGUGCUUGAAUUUGACCUGAAAUGCUGUCCCCUGGAUGCUUCCUCAUUCAUCAGCGUGGUAGUGAAAGACUACGAGACAAUUGGCAAAGAUAAAUUCAUUGGCUCGGCAAGAAUCUCUCUGAAAGAGUUGGCCAGUGGUCAAGUGAGAUCCCUCCCAUCCAAGAAUGUGCCCUUGGUCAAUGAGAAACAACAGGCUAUUGGGGCAAAUAUUAACUUGUUGAUUGGGUAUGAGCCACCUGCCAACACCACACCAAACCUAAACGAGCAGCCAGACGGAGACAUGUCCCGCAAUGUGGAUGAUGGAGGCAGUGAUGAGAGGGAAGAGGGGGAAGAGGGGGAGACAGACGUGGACGGAAGUCCUGGAUCUCCCACUUUGCCAAACCAGCCUGGGAAGCCCAGCCACAAGCCACUGCGUCUCAGCCGUAAGAGACACAGAGCAUUAGCCAACAGGCCUCAGGACUUCCAGAUCCGUGUUCGGGUCAUUGAGGGUCGACAGCUGCCUGGCAACAACAUCAAGCCAGUGGUUAAGGUGAACGCAUGCGGACAGACCCACAGGACCAGAAUAAGAAGAGGAAGUAACCCAUUCUUUGAUGAGAUGUUUUUCUACAAUGUCAACAUGCUGCCCUCAGAACUGUUUGACGAGAGCGUUAGCCUCCGGGUUUAUGACUCGUUCUCCCUCAGAGCUGACAGUCUAAUGGGAGAGUUCAAGUUGGAUGUUGGCUACAUCUAUGAUGAACCAGGUCAUGCCAUAAUGAGGAAAUGGCUUCUCCUGAGUGAUCCUGAUGACUCCAGCUCAGGGGCCAGAGGUUACCUGAAAGUUAGCUUGAUUAUUGCUGGCACUGGAGAUGAACCACCAUCCGAUAGGAAGGAGACGAGUGAGGAGCAGGACGACAUAGAAAGCAACCUGUUGUUGCCAGCCGGUGUCACAGUGCGAUGGGCUACUCUAAGUCUGAAGGUUUACCGUGCAGAGGAUAUGCCGCAGAUGGAUGACGCUUUUGCUCAAACAGUGAAACAAAUCUUUAGAGGAGAUGGGAACCGGAAAAAUUUGGUGGACCCAUAUUUAGAAGUCACCUUUGCUGGGAGGAAGCUGUGCACCAAGAUCAUUGAGAAAAAUGCCAAUCCAGAGUGGAAUCAAAUCCUCAAUCUCCAAGUCAAGUUCCCAUCUAUGUGUGAACACAUCAAGCUGACUAUGUAUGACUGGGAUCGCCUGACCAGGGACGAUGCCAUAGGGACUGCAUUUUUGAAGUUAAGCUCAAUGUCUGCUCCUGGUGGAGAAAUUGACGGAAGCACUGCAGUAUCAGAGGUUGGUUUUCUCCCAGCUUUUGGGCCGUGCUAUGUCAACAUGUACGGAAGCCCCAGAGAAUUCACUGGACUGCCCGACCCAUACGAGGAACUUAACAAGGGCAAGGGUGAAGGCGUCUCCUACAGGGGGAGGGUCCUUGUUGAACUGUCCACUCAGCUGGAUGAGAAGAUUGAUAAAUAUGUUGAUGACAUCUCCAGCGAUGACAUCCUGGUGGCACAGAAAUACCAGCGGAAGAGAAAGUUCUCCCUGUGCGCUGUGUUUCACAGUGCCUGCAUGCUCCAAGAGCCGGGUGAACCAAUUCAAUUCGAGGUCAGCAUUGGUAACUAUGGUAACAAGCUGGACUCCACCUGCAAGCCCCUGGCUUCCACCACCCAGUACAGCUAUGCUGUGUUUGAUGGUAAUCACUACUAUUACCUUCCCUGGGCUAACACUAAGCCUGUAGUGAUUCUCACCUCAUACUGGGAAGACGUCAGCUACCGCCUGUACGCUGUCAAUGUCCUCCUCUCCGUUGCUGAAAGACUGGAGUCCCAUCUUAUUUCUUUAAAAACUGCCAUCUUGGCUAAGAUGCCGGAGGCACGUUUGGUAGAGAUUUGGCUCAAACUCGUCAACCACAUGAUUGAGGAUCUUAACAGUGUUCAGCUCCCAGUGCUGGAGGGUCAGCCCAACCUUACUGCACUGGACCUUCAAAUAAAAAACCUGCGUGAUGCCACUGUGAACAACAUGAGUGAGAUGGCCAGUCGAAUGAGAGAGGACGCCACAGAUGUUAAGGCCACUGUCAGUGACAUUGAAGACUGGCUGGACAGAAUCAAGCAGAUGGCAGAAGAGCCUCAGAGCAGCAUGCCAGAUGUGAUCAUCUGGAUGUUGAGAAGAGAGAAGCGAGUGGCUUUUGCCCGGGUCCCAGCGAACCAGAUCCUGUUUGCCCCCGUUAGUGAACAAGCCUGUGGCAAACACUGUGGAAAGACACAGACCAUCUUCAUGCAGUACCCCAUGGACAAAAACAAAGGUAUGAAGAUCCCGGUGCAGCUGCGGAUCAACAUGUGGCUCGGUCUCUCUGCCCAUGAGAAGAAGUUCAACAGCUUUUCCGAAGGGAACUUCAGUGUGUACGCUGAAAUGUAUGAGAACCAGGCUCAGGUGUUUGGGAAGUGGGGAACCACUGGACUCGUGGGUCGCCAUAAGUUCUCCGAUGUGACCGGAAAGGUGAAACUCAAACAAGAGCGGUUCCUUCCACCACGUGGAUGGGAAUGGGAUGAGGACUGGCUUAUAGACCCUGAUCGUUGCGUGUUGACAGAAGCUGAUGCUGGCCACACAGAGUUCACCGAUGAAAUAUUUCACAAUGAAACACGUUUUCCUGGUGGGGAUUGGAAACCUGCUGCGGAGCCCUACACAGAUGUGAAUGGAGAAAAGGCUCAGAGCCCAGCAGAGUUUGACUGUCCUCUCGGAUGGAAGUGGGAGGAUGAGUGGAGUUUUGACAGCAACAGAGCUGUAGAUGAGAGCGGUUGGGAAUAUGGUGUCACCAUUCUUCCUGACGAUAAGCCCAAAUCUUGGGUGGCUGCAGAGAAGAUGUACCACGUCCACCGCAGGAAGAGACUCACGCGGCGUAGAAAGAAGAUUUCUGAUAAAGUGGCUACUGCUGAACGACAAGAACCGGGGGAAGGUUGGGAAUACUCGUCGCUGAUUGGCUGGAAAUUUCACAGGAAGGAGCGCUCCUCUGACACAUUUCGCCGCCGCUGCUGGAGGAGAAAGAUGAUCCCAUCAGACUGCAUCGGGGCGUCCGCCAUCUUUGGAUUGGAAGGGGCAUUAGGCGUUGACGUGGACGAGAAGGCCAGCAAAACGGAUAAAGCCAAAAUAUUUGGUGCCAACACACCCAACAUUUCCUGCCACUUUAGCCGGUCUUACCGUUACCACCUGAGAGUGUACGUGUAUCAGGCACGGAAUCUUAGUGCCAUGGACAAAGACAGCUUCUCAGAUCCCUACGCUCAUGUGUCCUUCCUACAUGUGAGUAAAACCACGGAAAUCAUUAAGGCCACUCUGAAUCCCACAUGGGAUCAGACGCUCAUCUUUGAGGACAUUGAAAUCUAUGAGGAUCCACAGAGGAUUGCUCGCAACCCUCCAGAUGUGGUCUUGGAGCUGUAUGACAGUGAUCAAGUGGGUAAUGAUGAGGCCAUGGGUCGUUGUACAUGCCCCGCUUUGGUAAAACUGAACCCCAGUGUGGCUGUCACCCCAAAGCUACUGUGGUUCCCAGUCAUCAGAAAGGGACGCACUGUUGGGGAGGUACUACUUGCUGCUGAGCUUCUAUUGAAGGACAAGGUAAACGAUGGAGAUCUGCCCUUGAUUCCUCCUCGGCGCGGGGAGAACCUCUACAUGGUUCCACAGGGAAUCCGGCCUGUUGUGCAGCUCACUGCCAUCGAGGUCUUGACCUGGGGUUUGAGGAACAUGAAGACCUACCAGUUGGCCACUGUUUCCUCCCCCAGUUUGAUUGUGGAAUGUGGUGGUGCGAUCAUUCAAACUGCUGCGAUCAAGAACUUCAAAAAGAACCCAAACUUCCCUGGAUGCGUGCUGCUUCUUAAAGUGCUUCUUCCCAAAGAGGACAUGUACACCCCUCCCAUUGUGCUGAAAGUAAUCGACCACAGACCCUUUGGAAGGAAACCUGUGGUGGGUCAGUGCACCAUCGACUGCCUGGACAAUUUCCGUUGUGACCCGUAUCGCAUUAACAAUGACGUCUGCAUGUCUGCUAGAGUGGCAAUGAUUGCUGCUGCCCAGGGAGAUGUUGUCAUAGACAUCGAGGAGAGACCCAUCAUAACAACUGAGCUUGCUGUAGAAAAGGAGGAGGAGACAGUAGACUGGUGGAGUAAGUUCUAUGCCUCUGUUGGGGAGGGUGGAAAGUGUGGGCCCUAUUUGAAAAAAGGAUAUGACACAUUACAGGUGUAUGAGGGUGAACUAGAAGAGGUUGCAGACUUCCAGGGACUCACUGAUUUCUGCAGCACUUUCAAACUUCAGCGUGGAAAGACUGAAGAUGAAGAGGAGGAUCCCUCAGUGGUCGGAGAGUUUAAGGGAUCAUUCAAGAUUUACUCACUUCCUGAUGAUCCAGGGAUGCCGGCACCACCGCGGCAGUUCAAAGAACUUCCUGAGAGUGCACCUCAGGAAUGCGUGGUCAGAAUAUACGUAGUGCGCUGUAUUAACCUGCAGCCUAAGGAUACAAAUGGCUUGUGUGACCCAUACAUUAAGAUUACACUGGGGAGGAAAACAUUGGAGGACAGGGAUCACUACAGACCAACCACCCUUAAUCCAGAGUUUGGGAGGAUGUUUGAGAUGUCCUGCUUCCUGCCUCAAGACAAGGACCUGAAGAUCGCUGUGUAUGACUUUGACUUACUGAGCAGAGAUGAAAAAGUGGGUGAGACGGUCAUUGAUUUGGAGAACAGGCUCCUGUCUCGCUUUCGGUCCUGCUGUGGCCUGCCACAAACUUAUUGUGUCUCAGGGAUCAAUCAGUGGAGAGACCAGAUGAAGCCCUCACAGAUCCUGCAGAACGUGGCCAAAGUGAGGGGUAUUCCUCCUCCGCGCAUAGAAGGGGACGGCAGCUCGCUGACUUUCUCAGGAAGGGAAUAUGUCCUGCAAGAUUUUGAGGCCAAUCUUGUGAUCCACUCACACUUGGGCCCAGCCAGAGAGAGGUUGGCGCUGCAUGUCCUCAGAAACCAGGGCUUGGUACCAGAGCAUGUGGAGACGAGGACCCUGUUUAGCUCCCAUCAGCCCAAUCUGUCCCAGGGACAAAUCCAAAUGUGGGUUGACAUUUUCCCCAAAAGCCUUGGUUUGCCAGGGCCGCCAUGUGAUAUCACUCCACGCAAAGCCAAGAAAUACUUCUUGCGGGCCAUCAUUUGGAACACAACCGAUGUCAUUCUGGAUGAAACCAGCAUCACUGGAGAAAGUAUGAGCGACAUCUACGUAAAAGGAUGGAUGCCAGGAAUGGAGGCGGACAAGCAGAAGACUGAUGUCCACUACAGAUCCUUGGAUGGUGAUGGAAAUUUUAACUGGAGGUUCAUCUUUGGGUUCGAUUACCUGCCUGCAGAGCAGCUGUGUGUCGUCUCAAGCAAAGAGCACUUUUGGAAUCUGGACAAAACUGAAUUUAGGAUUCCUCCAAAACUGAUCGUCCAGAUAUGGGACAAUGACAAAUUCUCCUUGGAUGACUAUUUAGGUUCACUUGAGCUAGACCUACUCCAUAUGAUCCCUCCUGCUAAGACCCCAGAGAAGUGCAGCCUAAAGAUGCUGCCAGCAGCGACAGUCUCAGCCAUCUCCAAACAACCACGACCCAACUCCCUCUUCUCCCAGAAGUCUGUACGAGGGUGGUGGCCAUGCGUGAUGGAACAAGAUGGGAAGUCUGUGCUGAGUGGUAAAGUAGAGAUGACCUUGGAAAUUGUGGAGGAAAAGGAGAUGGAAGAGAGACCCGCAGGGAAAGGAAGGGAUGAGCCCAACAUGAAUCCUAAACUGGAUGCACCGAACCGCCCCGACACAUCAUUCUUCUGGUUUACAAACCCAUGCAAGACCAUGAAGUUCAUUGUGUGGCGUAGAUUCAGAUGGUUUUUCAUCGGAGGAAUUCUUCUUCUGCUGGUCAUCUUGUUCCUUGGGAUCCUGUUCUACUCCCUACCUAAUUACAUCUCAAUGAAGAUUGUGAAGCCUUUCUCCUGAGCUUUGAAGAGAAGCUGUUGAUUUUCCUGCUGCCAAAUCGUUGGUGUUCAAACUCAUUACUCUUCCUCAGAAAUAUGUCGUAAAGGGCUGAUUCAUAAUAUAAUAAUCCAAGAUGUCUGUUUUUUUGUACUAUCAGUAUUAUGUGUGUUUGUAUGCACCUUAUCUUUUGUAUAGCAAAUAUUUUUUUCUACCAUAACAUUUUAGAGAAAUCACCAAUGUCAAGGAGCUGAUUUUAGUAGUUUUAUAUAAAGAGAUUCUUCAUAUUUUGGAAUGAAACACCAUCAAACAAUGCCUGUCCCUUUUGGCCUACAUAUUUAUUUCUUUAUUCACUUUUUGCAAAAACUCUGUCAGACGCCACUUAACACAACUGGCAGAAAUUAAGAUUAAAAUCAUAUAGAACUUU